AGCCACAAAGGCAACAACUGUUGGCAAGCACUCCAUUUCCCGGUCUUGACAAGUUCAGUAGCAUGACAAUCUUUACCUUAUUCUCCCGUAACCAUGCCCGCUUUCCGUCUUGUUUCUGAACAUUCUUUCACACCGCUUUGCAAGAACAAGCCGUCAUUUGCCUAAUUUACUCAUUUGUUUUUUGUUUGGUCUAUGACUAGACCUUCUUCCUGGGUUGUCCAUAUAGGUUACACUCGGUCAGUAUUCUGCGCCUCGUGCCUCGUGCUCCUUCUCUUUGAGGAUCUUCUCUUCAUGGCGUCGUCCAGCCCAGCAGACAAUGCUUCCACCCAAGGAGCUCCCCAAUCUUGGCAAGUCAACACGCCCCCACAAUAUCUGGGUAGAAAAACACUGCCAAUCAAGCGUGCCGACGCAGAACCAUUGACUCGUGCGGACCUGCAGUAUGAUCUUUUGUACUUCAUUUUUGCGGACUCCAACAGAGUCUUCGUCGACGCGAUGGCACCCAACUCGCCCCUCGUCAAUUUCUGCGACCUCUAUGUGAACGCACUCUUCAAUUCUACAAAAUGUUCCAAGGUCCUUAAAGACAAGAUGGUCGAAACGCCAGAUUUUGCUAUAGAGUUUGCGAAGAUAGCCUUACUUACAAAUGUCGGGAGGAUUAACACAACCAUGGCAUUUUUCCCAGAGAUGAAGACGGCUUUACGAAGCUACCAUCCCGUUCCCUCUCUUCAGAGAACAGACGGUAAUCUUCAGGAUGCACCGAGAAUCAAGAACUGCUUGAAGGCAGCGUUACUUCCUUCAGAGUUUAAGGUUCCCCCGCCUUCUACCCCCACGGAGAUCCUGGAAAAGGCCAGAGCAGGCCAGGUACCCCCAACUAGCGUCGUGAACCUGAUCUUUGUGUUAUCAAACGCCAGUCACUCUUUGACACACCUAGACGGCCUUUUGGAAUUUCUGGAUCUAUUCCUCCCUGUUCCAGUCUCCUCGGCGUCCCGCGCGCGAGUUUUCCUAUGGCUGAUGUUCCACUAUCUUUCAGCACCAGACACGACUAACCCUUUCGAUGACGAAUAUUCACGAACGCAUCCCGGCAAGGCUCCCCUAAUGGCUCCGCUUACCCAAGAGGAAGCUUCUCGGGAAAACGAAGACCCGCCGGAGGAAGUAGAGUGGGGGAAGAGGAUGAGCCAGAUGAGGAGCAAAUUCCUCAAAGAGCUCGUUGACGAGAUGGAGAUGGAGAAAAAAAGGAAAAAGCACCCACCACCGCCGCCACUACCGCCUGUCGCUCCAGCGCCGUCACUCUCAGCUCAUGAGAUCGCUGCCAUCAGGCGGCCCCGAGCGCACCAUAAUCCAGCUUCGGACGGGAGCAGGGAUUCUUCCCAUGGGCAUGACUAUGCAGCACAGUCUUCAAAUGCGUUACAGGCACCCGUACCGAGGCCUCCGCGCAUACCCCAUAUUCGAGACCCUGUCGAAGGUCGGGAGAGGACCAUGCUAGAGCAUGCCUGGCACAUCAACAAAACCACCGAUCCUUUGGAAGACUCCGAUCAUGACGGCGACGAGCAUGUUAGGCUCGAGUAUAAUCGCCGACUCCGUAUCUUAUCUCGACUCCGAGGCAAAGCACCGACCCCACCGCUGCCUCCAAGCAACGAACCACAAUAUGUCCAACAACAACAAUUCCAAACUCCGUAUCGUCAUGAAGGUGGCGGCGAUCGAUCAGCGCAAGCGGGGCCGUCCAACACAGGUCCGAUGGGUAAGCUGCGCCAGGUUUCAUGGUGACAGGCGACCAGGAGGAGUGUCGAACGAUUAAGUAAAAUUUAGUUUGGGCCACCGUGCCAAGUCCACAAGUUUUCCUUUGGUGAAUGAGAAACAGGGAAGCAUUGGGCUGGAUCCAAUGCGAAGACCGUAGCGAAUGAGGGGGAUUUUGGAUGGGAACAUUUGUCGUGUCGUAUCCGUAUUGCAUGGACGUUUGUAUUAGGAAGUAAAAAAUAUUCUGUAGCUUUCUUUUCGCAUUAUCUUUCCCUCAUCUAUAUGAUAGUAACUUAUGUACGAUUGGGUAAUUAUAUACGUAACAGAAUCAUUGUUUUGUCGAUGCCCAAAGCCCUGAUCGGGUCUCAGAUGUGGUCAACCGACGGAGGCUUUGCCCGAAUUGUACAUACUCAGAUGACGCGCACGAUUGUGAUUCGCCUAUUUAAAAAAACACGGACGCAUGC